AUGUAUCCCACCGUCACUUUCGUUUCAUUUCAAUUCCUCUUAUACCAAUUUCUAAGGAAGCAAACAAAAAGGUAAUUAAAACAACUCAAAUUGCAAAUCUAUACAAAAUACUUCGUAUAAUGUGUCAUAGAGGUAGUCAUCACGGUAACGUUCGGUUGACCGGGUCCUCAUUCGCCGCCGUUGUCAUUGCUGCCGCGGUCGUGGCUGCCGCCGUAUCUACGCCAGGGGCGGAGGCUGUUCGGGCCUUCUUUGUGUUUGGUGACUCGCUGGUGGACAAUGGAAACAACAACUACCUGGCGACCUCCGCCAGGGCCGACUCUCCGCCGUACGGCAUUGACUAUCCCACUCACCGUCCCACUGGCCGCUUUUCUAACGGACGUAAUAUCCCUGAUUUUAUCAGUGAAGCUAUAGGUUCCGAGCCGACUUUGGCUUACUUGGACCCGGAGCUAACGGGUGAAAAGCUAUUAGUUGGUGCAAAUUUUGCUUCGGCUGGCGUCGGAAUUCUCAACGACACCGGCAUUCAGUUCGUAAACAUAAUAAGGAUAGCACAACAAAUUCAAUAUUUUGAGCAAUAUCAACAACGGUUGAGCAAUUUGAUAGGGGCAGAACAGGCACAAAACCGCAUAAACAAGGCACUAGUGCUUAUCACUCUUGGCGGUAAUGACUUCGUCAACAACUACUUCUUAGUCCCUAUUAGCGCUCGAAGUCUCCAGUUCACUAUCCCAAAGUAUUGCCGUUACCUCAUCUCCGAAUAUCAAAAAGUUUUGUUGAGACUAUAUGAGUUGGGGGCAAGAAGGGUGUUGGUGACAGGGACAGGCCCGUUGGGUUGUGCUCCGGCAGAGCUAGCUCAGAGAGGGAGGAAUGGUGAAUGUGCAGAUGAACUUCAAAAAUCCGCCGCAGUUUUCAAUCCCCUUCUCAUCCAAAUGAUUCAAAGCCUCAAUCAAGACUUGGGCUCCACCGCCUUCGUCACCGUCAAUGCUGUCCAAAUGCAGAACGACUUCAUCCACAAUCCUCAGGCUUUUGGUUUUACAGAGUCAAAGGUGGCGUGUUGUGGACAAGGCCCAUAUAAUGGGAUUGGACUUUGCACACUUGCAUCAAAUUUGUGCUCAAAUAGAGAUGCUUAUGUAUUUUGGGAUCCCUUUCAUCCAUCAGAAAAGGCAAAUUGGGUGAUUACUCAAUCCAUUUUGACAGGAACUAAUAAGUACAUGAUACCAAUGAACUUGAGCACCAUUAUGGAAAUCGAUUCGUUUGAUGUGUGAUACCAGCCCUCUAUAUGCCCUUCGUGGUCCCGGCUUUCCAGUUUAGCUCCAAAUGUAUUACAUGUGCAUAAAUUAAUAUGUGUCCAUGCUUCUAUAAUAUGUUAAUUAUAAUACAUUCCAUUGUUUCCGAUUAUGCAUUAAUUAAACCUCAGGUGAGCUUCAAAGUAAAAAAAGUAAAAAAAAUAAAGUGUACAACGCAUAGUUUUAGAAUUUUACAUCUUGGUGUUGUGAUUGUUAGCAACAUAUAUUUACAUUGUUAAGAAAAUAAAUUAUAUAUGCAUAUGUAAAAUGACAUCUAAUUAUGCAAAUAUACUUGUUUCAUUCAACAUUGAUUUGAUUAUUUGAGUUGUAUGUUAAUCUUUAUUUGACGUGUA